GCCACAGCUGGCUUUUCUCUCAGAGGAGGCAAGUGUGAGGAACGGCAGAGCCCAUCUCUCUGCCUUUUCCCCAUAGCACCUGGCAGGGGCUUUGCAGACGUGAGGAGUGCGAAUGGGCAGAGCAGAGUCUCUUGAACGGAAGAUGAGUGCCCAGGAUCCUUCAGAUCUGUGGAGCAGAUCCGAUGGAGAGGCUGAGCUGCUCCAGGACUUGGGGUGGUAUCAUGGCAACCUCUCUCGGCAUGCAGCGGAGGCUCUUCUCCUCUCAAAUGGAUGUGAUGGCAGCUACCUUCUGCGGGACAGCAAUGAAAGGACUGGGCUGUACUCUCUCUCCGUGAGAGCCAAAGACUCUGUCAAACACUUUCAUGUUGAAUAUACCGGAUAUUCAUUUAAAUUUGGCUUUAAUGAAUUCUCAUCUUUGAAGGAUUUUGUCAAGCAUUUUGCAAACGAACCUUUGAUAGGAAGCGAGACAGGCACUCUGAUUGUUCUGAAACAUCCUUAUCCAAGAGAAGUGGAAGAACCUUCCAUUUAUGAAUCCGUCCGGGUUCACACGGCAAUGCAGACAGGAAGAACAGAAAAUGACCUGGUACCCACUGCGCCUUCCCUGGGAACCAAAGAAGGUUACCUCACCAAACAGGGAGGGCUAGUCAAGACCUGGAAAACAAGAUGGUUCACUUUGCACAGGAAUGAACUGAAAUACUUCAAAGACCAGAUGGUGAGAAACACGAUAAUACAUUUGCCUUUUAAAAAUCAGCUGUUUAGAUGAAAGAAACACCUACCUUUAAAAUUCCUAAGAUUUUCCUUAUGAGCACCUGAAACACCCAAUAAAUAGGUGGAGAUGUGAGUUCUUUUGCAAAGAUGAGAUGUGUAUGCCAGAAACUGCUCUCUGGGUGGGACUGGUUAAACUAGGGCAACGGACUUGUUCCCUUGCCACAAUGUAUUAACUAUCUCUUGAGGAAAUUUUCCCCUUUAUUAAAAACAUGUUCAUUUCACAGGCUCAUUUCAUUAAACCAAUUUAAAUUUAUUUAGC